GUUUGCGCAUGCGCAGCUAUCUACCGCGCACGCGCAAUGGGGCCCAGCCGCUCCGAGGAGCCGCGGUGGACGGCUGACUGAGUUGAGGCAACGGCGGUUUAUUUUUGCGACGAGCUCGGUCGGCGAUGUGCCGCCCGUGAGAGUUCGAGAGCACAAGCCGCGGCGAGGGAGGGGAGAACGCCAUGAAUCUGAGGGGCCUGUUUCAAGAUUUCAAUCCCAGCAAAUUUCUUAUCUAUGCUUGCCUGCUCCUGUUCUCAGUUCUGCUUUCUCUCCGUUUGGAUGACAAGAUUCAAUGGAGCUACUGGGCAGUAUUUGCUCCAAUAUGGUUGUGGAAGUUAAUGGUCAUUGUGGGGGCUUCAGUAGGAACCGGAGUAUGGGCACGGAACCCGCAGUAUCGAGCAGAAGGAGAAACAUGUGUGGAGUUCAAAGCUAUGUUAAUUGCAGUGGGCAUUCACUUGUUACUGCUGAUGUUUGAAGUGCUAGUCUGCGAUGGAAUCGAGAGAGGAACCCGCUUUUGGCUCUUGGUCUUCAUGCCAUUGUUCUUUGUGUCUCCAGUGUCAGUUGCAGCUUGUGUUUGGGGAUUUCGGCAUGACAGAUCUCUGGAGUUGGAAAUCCUGUGUUCUGUCAAUAUUCUUCAGUUCAUAUUUAUUGCACUCAGACUGGAUGAAAUUAUCAAGUGGCCAUGGCUCGUUGUCUGUGUCCCUCUGUGGAUCCUGAUGUCUUUUCUGUGCUUAGUCGUACUUUAUUACAUCGUCUGGUCUGUUUUAUUCUUACGAUCAAUGGAUGUGAUUGCUGAACAAAGGAGAACUCACAUAACGAUGGCCAUCAGUUGGAUGACUAUUGUGGUUCCAUUACUCACCUUCGAAAUCCUGCUGGUUCACCGACUGGAUGGACACAACACGUUCUCAUAUAUACCCAUAUUUGUGCCUCUGUGGCUUUCACUGAUAACUUUAAUGGCAACGACAUUCGGGCAGAAGGGAGGCAAUCAUUGGUGGUUUGGAAUACGCAAAGACUUCUGUCAAUUCCUGCUUGAAAUUUUCCCAUUCCUAAGAGAAUAUGGCAACAUUUCUUACGAUCUGCAUCAUGAAGAUAAUGAGGAAACAGAAGAAACCCCUGUCCCGGAACCUCCCAAGAUAGCUCCAAUGUUUCGAAAAAAGACUGGAGUGGUCAUUACCCAGAGUCCUGGUAAAUAUGUUAUACCACCUCCCAAACUAAACAUUGAUGUGCCAGAUUAAAAAUGAACACUAGAGCUGUGUGGCACGCAGCAGGAUCUGACUCUUUCCCAUGAAACUACUCCUGGGAACCAGUGGCCAAUAUUGUUUUAUUUUAUACCUUGUUUUAAUGUUGUUUAUGGAUAUAAAGGUGUCCUUUAGUGGCUACAAUGUAGGUAAUGGAGGUUUGUUUUAAUAUAAUUUAAGAGUUCCCACAUAAUUAGUUCAUGAAAUGCCAUACCAGUAAAUCAGUGAAGAGACAAUAACUAUAACAAGGUUCACAAACAAGAAGCAUCUUGUCACAUCUGCAUCUGUCAAGUCAACAUCUAUGGAAUUUAUUUUUUGUGCUCUUAACCGCUUUGAAAUACUGUAUUCAUAAACUUCAGUCCCAAUUAGUUAGCACAUGGGCAAGUCUUGCUGAAAUCAAUGGCCUUUGCACAUAUGUAUCAGAAGAGGAGAGGAUGAGUUUGGUAGGCAGUGGGUGGGGAAUCUUUCUGAUUGAUUGGAUCAAAGCUUGCCUGUAUGUUAUUUAUAUGACCUCUUGGCAAUGUAAUAUAUUUUUUAAGAGAAUCUGUACAGUAUAAAUAUGUAAAAGUAUUUUUUUAAGAAGCUGUGUGAAAUGCGUCAUCUUUUGUGAAUGACAUAGUUUCUGUUUCAUUUUGUAUACUUGGCUUCCAUUUUUGUGCAAGUCCCAUAGCCACAUGGUAUUAUUAUAUUGGCAUACACUUGCCUUGCCUUUCCCCUUUGAACCAUGGACACUACGUUUCUGGAAUGUCCUCAGGUAGGACUUGAAUGUUCUUCCUAUUUUAAUGGAUCCGAGUAUCAUAAAAAUGUAUGUAAAUUAUUGUGUAAAUAACCACAAUCUUUGUACUGUGUAGAGGAAUGGGUGGUGACUGUUGUUCGGAAAAUUGCUCUUCCACAUUUGUUGAAAUGUUACUGUUAGAUAAUAUCUGUUUCUCCCACUUUUUGGCUGUUCAUUAAAGUAUCCACCCAUAUCA